AUGUCUCUUUUAGCUUUGUUCGCAACUCUCACACUCAUAGCGUGUUCCGCGGCCAGCAAAUUUUGCUGUGUCCCCGAAAAAUACAGCGCCGAAACUCUGGUCAAAACCUACAGAGAAGGACUUUUCUACCAGGGAAAGGGCGAGGUUUAUUAUGACUACGCAGCCGGUAUACAUGCUUCAUUUAUCAACAUCACAGUUGAUGCAAUUGAAGACAUCCCUUUUCUUCUCUCAUUCUACUCGUAUCUAUCUAUCUAUCUAUCUAUCUAUCUAUCUAUCUAUCUAUCUUAUUCUGUUCAUAUCUAUCUCUCUACCUCUCUCUAUCUCAUUCUGUUCAUAUCUAGGUCUACUCAUUAUCUAUCUAUCUAUCUAUCUAUCUAUCUAUCUAUCUAUCUAUCUCUAUCUAUCUUGAAUCUGGCAUCCUAUCUCAUUAUGUUCUCUCUAUCGAGCUAUCUAAACGUUAUGUUCAUCUAUCUCUAUCUAUCUAUCUAUCUAUCUAUCUCUUAUUCUGUUCAUCUAUCUCUCUAUCUCAUUCUGUUCAUAUCUAAGUCUAUCUCUAUCUAUCUAUCUAUCUAUCUAUCUAUCUAUCUAUCUAUUCUAUUCUAUCUAUCUAUCUAUCUAUCUAAUUCUGGUCAUCUAUCUAUCUAUCUAUCUAUCUAUCUAUCUAUCUAUCUAUCUAUCUUAUUCUUCUAUCAAUAUCUAUCUAUCUAUCUAUCUAUCUAUCUAUCUAUCUAUCUAUCUAUCUAUCUAAUUCUUGGGGGUCGUGCAUACUUAAUUUCUAAUAAAUAUUAUCUAUCUAUCUAUCUAUCUAUCUAUCUAUCUAUCUAUCUAUCUCAAAGAAAAAUUGGACGAAUCUUGGCUGAAAGAGACGGACCAACCUCAUUGCAUCUCAAGUCAGUAUUAGUUGAGUCGAAAUCUAUCUAUCUAUCUAUCUAUCUAUCUAUCUAUCUAUCUAUCUAUCUAUCUAUCUAUCUCAUUCUGUCUCAUUCUGUUCAGAUCUAUCUAUCUAUCUAUCUAUCUAUCUAUCUAUCUAUCUAUCUAUCUAUCUAUCUAUCUCAGUCUGUCUCAUUCUGUCUGAUUUCUAUCUAUCUAUCUAUCUAUCUAUCUAUCUAUCUCAGUCUGUUUCUCUAUCUAUCUAUCUAUCUAUCUAUCUAUCUAUCUAUCUAUCUAUCUAUCUAUCUAUCUGUUUUCUCUUUCAGAAAUUGCUGUCCUCGAUUCUACCUUUGCUGUUGGCGGACCCCAUGA